AUUAUUAUAGUAAAAGGCAGAAGAUCAUCUAUACCUACUUUGAAAACUUGUAUUCUAACAAGAUAUAACAAAGGGCAGCAAUGAGAGUGGGGUAGUGAAUGCUAUGGCCUUUGCAGAGUGAGGCCUCAAAUCACACAUAACUGGAUCAAGCACCUUCUCUGGGAGUUAGUUACAAACAGAAAUGAGAGCCCAUCAAGGGGAAGGUGGAGAUUUAGGAGUAAACCAGGUCUCUCCUCCCGCUGGAAACAGGCAUCCUUCUUCCUAAAACGUUAUCCUUUAUUCCCUGUAAGAGUCCAUACUAUCCUUUAAGAACAAUUUCCCACUGGGCCAUAGCUCUCCCACUAAGUAAAAAUACUGCUGUCUCCACCUUCUCUAACAAGCUAGGGUGAAUGGCCAUGAAGGAUGCCUGACAUAGUGCAUAGGAAAUAUGUGUUCAGUAGGUGUUCGGAGAAUUUAGGAUCAGGAGUCACUCAUACCUCCCACACAAAUAACAUUUUCUUGAGGUUAAAUCCUUAACUCAAAAUACUACAGAAGGAAAUAACUCCCAAAUACAGUGGUACAACCUACUCUGGACAGUCUUCCCCACUAGACUUCGUAUUACUUGAUGAAACCAUUCUCCUGUCCCUGAGCCUACUAUGUGUUGAAAGAAUUCAGGCUUAGAAGAAAAAAAACUGUCCAGCAGCUUGACACUUUCUCCAUAUAAAGGUCUCCCCUUCAAGUGGUCAGCAGGGCAGGGACUGAAGAAUAGAAAGUGGGAGUGCAUCAAGGGGAAAUGGGUAUUUAAAUACUGUUCAGGUCCCAACCUAACCCUUUCUCUAAAGGGUACAGGUCUACAGCCUCAAUCUCAAGACAGACACCUCUCUAGCUAGAGGAACCUUCAGACACCAGGAAGGGUCUGCAGAGAGGCGGGACCAACUCAGAACCAAAUAAACAUCCCAAUCCCUCCUUCCCCGCAAGCCAGUCAAAGCUAAACCCAGAGUACUGCUUCCCAAACAACUUCCCACAUGUCUCCGUGUCCUCACUGUAGCUAUUAAAAUUCUUUACUGGCUAACUCGAAUGUCACCAACUUCGGAGCUUUCUGACCCCAGACCAGCAGUGCCAAUGACUACUCCAACUCCAGGGGGAGAGAGGAGACGCAAAUUUCUGAUUCAUUCCAGAACAAUCUAACUGAGGGCCUCAGCUUAACCACUUCUACAGUGGAUUCGAAAAAGCCCACUAUUACAAGCAGAGAAGGCGCAGGGAACACGGGAAGGAAGUGUUUCCCAGGGACCUAGGAAGGACUCUUGAAGCUUGUAAAGGUCUGAAGACAAGAGGUUGGUGUAAGAGGAAGGACGGAGUCAGACAGAAAGCCGCCUGCACAUCUGAGGGGACUAGGUGAAGACCUGGGGCUUUAACAGGGGGCCCAGAUAGGCAUCAUGUCCCCUGCAAUUGCGCUGGCAUUCCUGCCAUUGGUGGUGACAUUGCUGGUGCGAUACCGGCACUACUUCCGACUGCUCGUGCGCACAGUCCUGCUGAGGAGCCUCCGAGAUUGCUUGUCAGGGUUACAGAUUGAGGAGAGGGCCUUCAGCUAUGUGCUCACUCAUGCCCUGCCUGGGGACCCUGGUCACAUCCUCACCACUCUGGACCACUGGAGCAGCCACUGCGAGUACCUGAGCCACAUGGGCCCUGUCAAAGGUCAGAUCGUAAUGCGGCUGGUGGAAGAGAAGGCCCCUGCUUGUGUGCUGGAGCUGGGCACCUACUGCGGAUAUUCCACACUGCUUAUUGCCCAAGUCCUGCCCCCUGGGAGUCGCCUUCUCACCGUGGAGCGGGAUCCACGCACUGCAGCAGUGGCUGAGAAACUCAUACGCCUGGCUGGCUUCGAUGAGCGCACGGUGGAGCUCAUUGUCGGCAGCUCAGAGGAAGUGAUUCCACGCCUACGAGCCCAGCAUCAGCUGAGUCGGGCAGAGCUGGUACUCCUGGCACACCGGCCCCGAUAUUACUUACGGGACCUGCAGCUGCUGGAGGCCCAUGCUCUGCUGCCAGCUGGUGCCACUGUGUUGGCUGACCAUGUGCUGUUCCCAGGUGCACCCCGCUUCCUACAAUAUGCCAAAGGCUGUGGCCGCUACCGCUGCCGCCUACAUCACACUGGCCUCCUAGACUUUCCUGCCAUUAAGGAUGGCAUAGCCCAGCUCACCUAUGCUGGACCUGGCUGAGGUCCAGAACCAGGUAUAUUUACUUCUUUGCCCCCAUCCUCACCCAAACAAGGACCUCAGAACAUCCCCUUCCCUCCCUAUUUGGGGUCCAACACACGUUGGGCUCAAGGCUGGCAGGCUGUCUCCCCAACUCUGCCUCUUCCCAGCCCUCACACUGACCUAAAGAAGUGUCAAAUUUUAUCAGACUGCUUGGUCCCACUGGUCCUCCUCCUUCUAGAGUGAGAGCAGGAGGCCUCAGCUCCCAAGCCAGCUGUCACUGGCUUGUUGGGUGACUCCCUGCUCUAAGAUUUAAUCUAUACUAAGAGAGUUGGCUAGAAGAUGCCUAGAGCCUCCUCCCGCUGCCUCAGGAAGCCUCCCCUCACCUUGCCUAAACCUUGAUAUCUUGGGCAGGAUUAGAGGGAAUGUAAAAUAACAGCAGGCCCUGCAGGAAUGCCCGAGUGCAAACUGUCACACAGAAGCCUGGGUCCAGGUCCUCCAACCCUGGCCUACCUGGCCAGUUAGGUUUGCUUCAUAUCCCUUGAAU